GCCCGCCGUCCGCCUCCCGGGUGUUUGAAAAGUUUGACUCAAAACAUGGAUAUCAGACCAAAUCAUACAAUUUAUAUCAAUAAUAUGAAUGACAAAAUUAAAAAAGAAGAACUAAAGCGAUCCCUAUAUGCCCUGUUUUCUCAGUUUGGCCAUGUGGUAGAUAUCGUGGCUCUAAAGACCAUGAAGAUGAGAGGACAAGCUUUUGUUAUAUUUAAGGAACUUGGUUCAUCCACUAAUGCCUUAAGGCAGUUACAAGGAUUUCCAUUUUACGGUAAACCAAUGCGCAUCCAGUAUGCAAAAACAGAUUCUGAUAUAAUAUCCAAGAUGCGUGGCACUUUUGCUGACAAAGAAAAGAAGAAAGAAAAGAAAAAAGCCAAAACUGUGGAGCAGACUGCAGCAAUUGCAAACAAGAAGCCUGGUCUGGGAACACCAACAGCUAAUCCCCAAGGAAAUUCAGCACAAAAUCCUCAGGUUCCUGAUUACCCUCCAAACUAUAUUUUAUUCCUUAAUAAUUUACCAGAAGAGACUAAUGAGAUGAUGUUAUCCAUGCUGUUUAAUCAAUUUCCUGGGUUUAAAGAAGUACGUUUGGUACCUGGAAGACAUGACAUUGCUUUUGUUGAAUUUGAAAAUGAUGGUCAGGCUGGAGCUGCCAGGGAUGCCUUACAGGGAUUUAAGAUUACACCAUCCCAUGCCAUGAAGAUCACCUAUGCCAAGAAAUAACAUUUGAGAUUAUUAUCUUUAAAGGACUUGGUGUUAUUUAUAGUUUGUUGGGAGGGUUUUCUUUGUUUUUUGUGUUUGUUUUUUAUAACAUUUGUUCUGGGCAUUGUGAAAAUUGGAGAUGGGAGAGUAAGGAAAAGUGUUUUUUGGUUUUUUUCUUCUGCUUUUUGGGUCACACUGGCGAUGCUCAGGGGUUGUUCCUGGCUCUUCGCUCAGGAAUUACUCCUGGCGGUGCUCGGGCGACCAUGUAGGAUGCUGGGAAUUGAACCCGGGUCGGCCGCGUGCAAGGCAAAUACCCUACCCACUGUACUAUCACUCAAGACCAAAAGUGAAAUUUUUGAGGAGUUAAAAUUGCCUAGUCUUUUGAGGUUGAAGAUGUUUAAGGCCUUAGUUUUAUACAAUAAACCUGUAUUUGU